AUGCAGUACACUCUUGCUACCGUCUUGGCCGUCUUGGCCGCACCCCUUGCUCUGGCUAUGCCAGCCUACACCGCAACCGCUGUCGAGCGCAGAGCCGGGGGCGGCGUCGGCCAGAUUAUCUCCGACCACAAUAAAUUUGUCUCCAAUCCGGCCACCGCCAAAGUCGCUAUCCCAGCGGAUGAAAACAACGCGGCUCGUGAGGGCCAUCGCCAAGCACACGUUGCGCUCGGCCCUGCCGGCCGCCUCAUCCCGCCCAUUCCCGUAUAA